UAAUUGCGCCCUUUUUCUCUACUUUUUUCUAUUCUAAAUUCUAAUCUAGCUAAGCUUUUGUCGAGGGAAAUAAAAUGGCUAUUUUCACCUUUUAUAAUUUAUGUUAUACUAUAAAAUUGUCUCGUAAUUUAUGCUUGUAAGUUGUACUCCUACCCCUCAAUUUUUCUUAAACUUUUUUUGGAUCAUUAAUAAAACUUUGUAUCAGCCAAAUAAAAAAAUGUGUGAUAAGUUUGGGAAUCUAGAAACCGAGAAGAAAAGUAAAGUAUUCCUAUAAAGACAACAUAAGAUAGCAUUAGUAUUAUGGUUAUGGUUAUGGUAAUGCCCACAGAAGAAACUGAUUGAUAAAUUCAUAGUAAUUCCCAACAGCAGCUCGCUUCUGCUCAUCCACCAAUUAAUGGCACAACCUCAACAACAGGAAGAAGGGUGGCCGCUGGGGCUGCAGCCGCUGAACGUGAGAGUUGGGCUGGAGAGGAACCGUGAUCUCAAUGCCUCUCUCUCCUUCAACACUUUGCUUACCUCUUCCCCUAUCUCCUCCGAUGAUUUCUCUUCUGAUCUUGAUACUCAGUCGACAGGUUCAUUCUUUCAUGACAAGAGCAUCACUCUAGGGAGCCUGAUUGGGAUCUCGAGCAUCCUAGAGCUGUCGCGGAGAUCAAGGCAGGGGCGAGCUCCCGACCAGGCUGCGAGGAGCAAGAAGACGAGGACAUGGUUCCUGUCGCUGUGCUCGAGGCUGAGCACCGAUGCAGUGAGCAUGAGCAACGCACCGUCCCUCGCCCACCUGCUCCAAGCAGAGAGGACUGCUGCUGCUGCGCAAGGAGUCGAUGAUUUCUCGCAAAUCUCCAAUCACAACCCCUUGUUCAUAGGCGGGCACGUUGCUCCUCCUCGACCGCCCUCGCCCUUCGCUAGGGACUUGCUAUCGCAUGAUCAUGCCCCUCCCUUACUUCUCUCGUGUUUAUGCGCUCAUUCAUCAUCAAAUUGACUAGUUUCUUUUUUUUUUAAAUGGUUAUGAGAUAUAAUUUGAAUAUUCUUUUCUUGGAGUUAGUAUUGGUGUUUGGCUCUCAUUGAAAUAAGAGCAGUAGUUACAUUGAAGUUGCUUCAUUAAACUUGGAUUUUAAAGGUCAAAAUGGGAAGGCACGCCACGCCACCUUCAUUAUUAAUGGCCUUGUCUUGUUUGAGAUUCAUCUUCUACACUUAUUGUA